CAUCCUCUGUUCUAUUUCUGCAAAGUCUACCACCCUACCUGAGGCGGAGUUACCGUUCUUCCCUUCACACGGGCGCCAAACUGUCUACUAUCAAGGAUUGAGUCCCAGGUACUUGCCCUCGGGAGUCCCUUCGUUGUAACCCUACCACGCGAGUCCGCCCUUCGAGAAGCAUUCGUUGUUGGGCUACCCCGGUCUUUCCAACAAAGAUUCCUUCAGCCCCGUGCUGUCUUUGUCCCAAGUUUUCCCCGGUCCCAUUAUCAUAAAAACCUGUCACCCUUCAAGACGGACGUUCUUCCCCCCUUCUUUCACAAUGUCAGACCAAACCCCAGCCCAAGAAGAGUUCGCCUCUUUCCUAGCCAAGAACUCCUCAACCAAGUACAGCUCCCAUCCUGAGGAUCGAGACGAUUACCACGACUCCAAGGCGUUCCACUCAGACGGCCAAGCAGACAGCGAGGACGAAGACGAAGAAGACCGCUUCCGCAACGCCCAGAUCGAAGCAGCCAUGCGCAUGCCCACCAUGGACUCGCGGACCGAGAUCCGGCUGCCGCCCGCCGGAUUCGACGCCGGCGCCGCCACAGGCGUCAAGGGCGUGAUCGCGGACGCCCGAGCCUACGAGAAUGCCAAGCGCAGCGCCAAGUGGAAGAACAGGGUGCGUAGCGCGCGGAGGAGUGUGUUUGGCGGCGGCGGUGACGCAUCUCCAGAACAGCAGAAAAGUGGAGGCAGAAAGUACAGCGAUGGUGCGGGAAGCAGCGGGCUGGACAGCGAUUUCGGGAGCGAUGCGGGACUGGAUAGUAUGGACGAGGACGAGAAGGAGUUUUUGGAGAAAUGGAGGGAGAGUAGGCGGCGCGAGCUGGAGAAGAGCAGCAUGAACCCGGCUUCGAGACAGAGGAGGACGAGCCCCAGCUCGAGACAGUUUGGCCGGCUGGACAAUGUGGAUGCGAUUGGUUACUUGGAUGCUAUUGAGAAAGUUGGGCCAGAGACGGCGGUGGUGGUAUUUGUUUAUGACCAUGAGUGCCCUGUCUCAGCAGCAAUCGAGAUUGCUCUCCGACCCAUCGUCCACUCCCAUCCUGCCAUCCAUUUUGUCAAGGUUCACUACGCCGAGAUGGAAUUCGACAACGCGGCCGUCCCGUCCAUCCUGGCGUACCGCAACCAGGGAGACCUCUUUGCGAAUCUCACGGGGCUGAUCGAGAUGAUUCCGGACGAUGAGGAUUUCGACAGCGACACACUCAAACGGCUUUUCGAGAGGCACGGCAUAUUACGGACCCAAAGGGGAGAGCCUGCCGGAUGGUGAUAUGCUGCUCCUGGAUUU